AUACGUGCAGUUUCAUCCCGGGAAGUAGAAACUAUAGUUCCGUCGGCAAAUGUUGCUACAGCUCUCACAUCGGAUGUGUGUCCGAAAAGAGAAGUUCUCAAUUUGUAAUACGGUUUAGCCAUACCACUCUGAUAAUCGUGCGAGGCACGCAACAAGGACAUAACUUAUACGAAACUGUCAGGAAAAUCUCAGCGAUUCUCGAUGCAAAUAAAUGUGGAUAAAUUCGCACGGUUUUGACAUUUAAAACGCGUUCGAGCAUGCGUAACAAUAAUCACUAUAUUCGCAUGAUAUUAUAAGAAACUAUUAGUUAAAUCAUUUCUGUAAAUGGUUGAAGUAUGUCAUUUCCGCAAAGUGAAUAACUUCCGUUUUGGCUACGUGUAUGUGAACCCGCUUCUUUAAGAUAGGAAAACCGGUCUCGUGGAAUAAUAUUACGAUGAUGAGAUUUAUAAAUAAAUUUCUCUAUCUUGUUACGAUAUUUGAAAUAGCGAAUGCUGGAGGACCGACACUCGUUUUGUUAGAUAAUUUAGCCAUAAGAGAAACGCAUUCCAUAUUUUUUAAGACAUUGCAAGAUAAUGGGUAUAUAUUAACAUUUAAAUUAGCAGAUGAUGCUAAUCUGCAGCUUUCUAAAUAUGGAGAAUAUUUAUAUCAACAUUUAAUAAUAUUUGCUCCUUCUGUAGAAGAAUUUGGAGGAGCAUUAAGUGUUGAAACAAUAACAGAUUUCAUUGAUGGUGGUGGUAAUGUCUUAGUUGCUGGUUCAUCUCAAUCAGGAGAUGCUCUACAUGAAUUAGCAUCAGAAUGUGGUUUCGAAAUUGAUGAAGAAGGUUCUGCAGUCAUUGAUCACUUAAACUAUGAUGUUUCUGAUAAUGGUUAUCAUACAAAAAUAGUGGCAGACCCUGCCAAUUUGAUAGAUGCUCCUGCAAUUGUUGGAAGUAAAAACAUAAUCUUACUUUACCAAGGAACUGGAUUGAUUGCAGAUAUAGAAAAUCCUUUAAUUUUACGUUUAUUAACAGCAUCUAGUUCAGCAUAUUCAUAUAAUCCACAGAAUUCUAUAAAAGAGUAUCCUCAUGCAGUAGGCAAAAAUACAUUAUUAAUUACAGCUCUGCAAGCUAGAAAUAAUGCCAGAGUAGUAUUUUCUGGUUCUUUGUAUUUUUUUAGUGACGAAGCUUUUACUAGUCCUAUUCAGAAAGCUCAGGGUGGUCAAAAAUAUUUAAAAUCUGGAAAUGAAGCUGUAGCAACAAUGAUUGCUCACUGGGUAUUCAAGGAAAAUGGUGUGAUACGUGUUUCCUCUGCUCAUCACCAUAGAGUAGGAGAAUCUGAACCUCCAGCAGCUUAUACAAUUAUGGAUGAUGUAGUUUAUUCUAUUGAUGUUCAGAAAUUAGCAGGAGAUAAAUGGAUUCCUUAUGAAACCAAUGAUCUACAAUUAGAAUUCGUUAGAAUAGAUCCUUUUGUUCGUAUGACUAUGAAACCUGUAGGUAAUGGCCGAUAUGAAGCGAGAUUUAAAAUUCCUGAUGUCUAUGGAGUUUAUCAGUUCAAAGUAGAUUAUACUCGUAUUGGUUUAACGCAUUUAUAUAGUACUACUCAAGUAUCUGUCCGUCCUCUACAACAUACUCAAUAUGAACGUUUUAUACCUAGUGCAUUUCCCUAUUACAUAAGUGCUUUUUCAAUGAUGGGUGGUGUAUUUUUAUUCUCUUUGGCAUUCCUAUAUUAUAAAGAGGAUACGAAACCGAAGUUUGAAUAAAUUUAUUAUUAAAAAACAUAUUAAUUUAUUAGUUACAUAAAUACAUUAUUUCAUUAAAAAGAA